AUGUUAGAGGCUAUCUUAGCCUUGAUGUUGAAGUUAAUCCAACAAAAAGGUCAUACAAUUCCACUUGUAAAUCUAGCUCGUCCCCUUUGCCUUCACCGCAACAAUAACAUCACAGUCACCAUCUUCACAACUAAGCCAAAUUCAGCAUUCAUCCGUCAAUCUUUAUCCGAUACAAAAGCUUCAGUGGUUGACUUAACAUUCCCAGAAAUCACACAUCCUGAAAUCCCUCAAGGAGUCGAAAGUGCAGAUAAAUUACCAUCAUUUUCUCUCUUUUUCUCUUUUGCUAGCCUAACCAAACUCCUUCAACCAGAAUUUGAUAAAAUUCUUGAGAGCCUUCAACCGGAUGUCGGUUGUAUAAUUUCCGAUGUAUUCUUUCCAUGGAGUCUUGAAUCCGCCUCCAAGUUAAAUAUACCCAGAUAUGAAUUCAGUGGAUGCAGUAACUUCACCGUUGCAAUUUACGAUAUCCUUGCUAUCCAAGAAUUUCCAGUCGAUUCUGACGACGAGCUCUUUAGUCUUGCUCCAAAUUUUCCCAACGUCCGGCUCACCAAGAAUGAUCUUGAACCUGAAAUUCAUUCACAACCAGGUGAAGUGGCUGAUUUAUUUACAGAUAUCUACAGCGAAACGAGUAACGGUGACGGUAUAAUCGCCAACAGUUUCUAUGCACUCGAGUCGCAAUUCGAAGAUUACUUGAACAGAGAAACUUCACCACCAAAAGUUUGGUCAGUUGGACCACUCUGCCUAGCUGCAGCAGCAAAAGAUGCAUACUCUGAAAACAAGGAAAAACCUGCCUGGAUUCAGUGGCUUGAUGAGAUGUUAUAUGUGAAAAAAUCUGUUUUAUAUGUCGCAUUUGGGUCUCUGGCAGAAAUUACAAUCGACCAGUUCAGAGAAUUAGCUACCGGAUUGGAGAACUCCGGGGAACAUUUCUUGUGGGUUAUGCGAUAUCCAUUCGAAGAUGAAUUUAUGAACGAGUUUGAAGAGAGAGUCAAAGGAAGAGGAGUGUUGGUGAAGAAUCAAUGGGUUGAUCAAGUUGAAAUACUAAGACAUGAUUCUGUAAGUGGGUUUAUGAGUCAUUGUGGUUGGAAUUCUGUGUUGGAGAGUAUAUGCGAGUCCGUACCGUUGUUGGGAUUUCCAAUCACAGCUGAUCAGUAUUGGAAUGCAAGAAUGGUUGAAGACUAUUAUGGUGUUGGUGUUAAGGUGGUGACAGAUACUGGUUCCGUUGGCGGGUUUUUUAGUUCCGAGUGUAUUGCGAAUAAAGUGAAGGAGUUGAUGAAUGUAGAAGGUCAGAAAGGCAAAGAAAUUAGGGAGAAUGUGAAGAAGCUCGGUGAAAAAGCUAGAAGUGCCAUGGAAGAAGGUGGAUCUUCUUGGGAUGCUCUAGACAUGUUCAUUGAUCAGCUCAUUUGUGGUAAGAAGAAGAAAUGA